AUGAAUUAAAUCAUUCUUAGACAAUAUUAGCUUUAUGAAUUGGAGCAUUAUCGUCUUAGAAAAUCUAAUGACCAUAAUAAAGACCAGGAUAUUAGCUCCUUAGCCGAUAGCGAAACAAAUCUAAGUAACUAUUAGCAUCUAGAAUCCUAUGUGCUUAGACUAAAAGCCCUGCAUCCUGUAUAUACAAAGCUCCCCAAACUAAGAGAGACUAUGAUUAACCACUGA